AUGGAAGGAUUCAGUGACGGCUACUAUGAUGCACAGUAUACGGUACCUGCAUCCGACCAUCGAUUUGAUUAUCCUCAAUCAUCUAGUGAUCACUAUGCCCAGGCGAUGAUGCCCUUCACAACGCCGGAGCAGAUGCACGCAGCUAGUCAUGCCUAUCAAUCACAGAUACCAGAUCUGGUUGCUAAUAGUGCCUCGUUCGUCUUUCCGUCACACACGGCUGGGCUGUCCCUCAAUCUACCGGUACAUCCCAUGCCCGCUGAGACCCUCGGAGACCGAACGUCUAAUCCUAUGCUCCUAUACGAUCCACUUUCUGCUCUUGGAGGUUCAACACCCACGCCUAUAAAUACAGGCGAUCCGUUUGCUCUCAAUGCUUUCCAUUCUCCGUUCCCAGCCAUGCCGCUAGAAAACUUCCAGGGACAGCAGGCUCUCCCUUUCCACAACACUUGCUUACCGUCGCAACCCAUGAAUCCGAAUCCCUCGGUGGCUUAUUCUACUAUGCAAGCACACGGAACCAUUUUGAAUACAUAUCAGGCACCGCCCAGCCACGCGGAACCGACCACUCCUGCACAGCCAACGGGAACGCUUAAUGAACAACCCUCUACUAAUUUCCCCCAGCCCACAGGCCAGAUAUCACAACGUAGGCGAAAUCGAGGGUUUCAGUCAUCAGUUCCCGCGUCCUCUCAUCGCUUCAUUCAACCAAAGAGACCAUCCCCAACAAAGGCUCCUCUACCACCUCAUCCUAAGUCGGCGGCUGAUGAGACUUCACAAUAUGCCAGCAUCUAUUCAAGUAGCGGCUUCGAUAUAAUGGGCGUCUUGGCCGAAGUAGUGUCGAGACCGAAUCCUAAAAUCAAUAUCGGCGCAGUUGAUUUAUCGUGCGCGUUUGUGCUUUGCGAUAUAACUCAAAAUGAUCACCCAAUCAUCUAUGUCUCCGAAGCAUUUGAACGACUUACCGGCUAUACGGAGCGGGAGAUCGUAGGUCAAAACUGCCGGUUUCUUCAAGGGCCAGAAGGUGUUGUCCAGAAAGGCAUGAAACGAACUUUUGUCGAUGACCAAACUACCUCGCGCUUGCGGUCCACAAUCGAGGACCGAACGGAGAUUCAAGCCAGUCUCAUCAACUACCGGAAGGGUGGACAGCCAUUUAUGAAUCUGAUAACAAUGAUUCCCAUACGCUGGAGCUCUCAGGAAUAUCGCUUUUACGUGGGGUUCCAGGUUGACCUGGUUGAGACGCCCGAUGCCGUCACGAGGAGAAAUCCGAAUGGUACUUAUACGAUCAACUACCAAAGGAGCCGGCUGCCAAAUUAUGUCGUGCCGCCUCCUGACAUAUAUCGGUCACACCCCGAUUUAGCCACUUGGUUCACGACCGACCAGGUGUCGACCAUACUGAAGAGUCUCAAUAAUUCGACGUUGACAUAUAGGAACUACUUGGAUCGCGUACUAGUUGAGAACACAGAUGACAUAAUACAUGCUUUAUCUCUCGAAGGCGAAUUUCUCUAUUUGUCCCCAUCUUGCCGAAAAGUACUGGAGUACGAGCCGAUUGAACUUGUGGGCAAGACGCUGUCGACGGUCUGCCAUCCUAGUGAUAUUGGUCCAGUCAUCCGCGAUUUACGGGCCUGCACCACCACUGACCCGGUCAGUGUAGUGUUUAGGAUACGGAAGAAAUACAGCGGAUAUAUUUGGCUUGAGAGUCAUGGUUCAUGGCGUAUGGGAGAACAAGGGCGGCAGUUCAUGGUCCUUGUCGGACGGCCUCGCCUCGUAUACUGUCUCGACCAUAUUGCGAGCAUAGGACACGGUGGUUUGGCCGAAACUGACGUGUGGGCCAAGUUGUCAAAGUCUGGGAUUGUUCUGUUCAUGACCUCUAAGGCGCGCCCAGUGCUGGGUCGUAUGCCUGAUGAGCUGACUGGCAAGAGUUUGCAAGAACUGAUGGAUUCGCGGGUGGAGGCACAGAAGGCUCUGGCAGUGGCUCGUACGGGCCAACGGGCCACUUUUAGCCAUAAAAUCCGUCAUAAAAAGGGCCAUAUGCUGCCGGCGCAGACCACCCUAUACCCAGGAGAUACCAAGGAAGGCAUUAGACCCUCGUUCCUUGUGGCCCAGAUUAGUUUCCCAAAAACCCCGCAGGGAGGCAAUGAUGAGUCAAAUUCAGCACCCCCGCCCAACAGAAACUUGGGUGACUCCAAUAUUCAUGGGCAAUUACUUUCAGGUGUUUCUGGUAUAGCGGGACACGGUAAACAAGCGAACCCCCAAGUUCAAGAGCUCCCAUUUUUCACAGAGCUGGUGCCAACAAGAGGUUCAAGCUGGCAGGUUGAGCUUCGAGAACUGGAAAAGCAGAACCGAACGCUGUCCGAUGAGCUGCAGAAAUUGCUUACCCGCAGAAAGAAGCGGAAGCGCAAGCAGAGCACCGCAUCAGUAGAGAAAACUUGUGCCAUGUGCCAGACCAAGAAAACACCCGAAUGGCGCCGAGGGCCUAGUGGGGAGCGCGACCUUUGCAACAGUUGCGGAUUACGCUGGGCUAAGCAAGUCCGUAACGCAGCGCAGGUGGCGGGAAGGCCCAACGCUUAUUAA